AUGUGUGAUAAAUGGACACCCCCAAGCGAAGGAACCCCUUGCUGGGUUGAGAUCUUCGCCACCGACCUUGAUCGAGCAGCGGCAUGGAAACGUGCUGCCAGUGCCUGUUAUGAUAUGCUGAGAUUGCUGAUACCACCUGGCCUGCAUGUAGCUGAGAAGUUUUACUCGACCGUGUUCAACUGGGUAUUCCGCAAGGAUGGCCCCGGACGCACUGAAGACGUCGCCCUCUUUGCAUUCCCCGAAAAAGGACUCCAGGGUCUGGGUGGUAGCAUCUCCAAGAUCAAGCCCGGAGAACACACCACCGGCCCGAAAACCGUCAAGUUGUACCUCUAUGUAAACGACCUCGAGAAAACCAUGGAGAACAUCAUUGCAAACGGAGGGAAGAAGUGCAGUGAUGCUGUCCCUGAAGGUGACCACGGCCAAAUUAUGCAUUUUCAGGACACAGAGGGAAAUGGGGUAGGCAUCUAUGCGACCAAGAAGUAG